CGAACAUACCGAAAUCGCCAACCCACGACGAGCGCCCGGAGUAUUAGUCCAUCGACAAUCCUCUGCCUUCCUUUCUCGAGUCCCUUUGGUUGGAGCGUCGCCAUACUAACCACCGCCAAAAUGCCUUCGGAAGCCGGUCACAGAUGUGAGACCGACAAAGCAAUCGUGGAUCAAUACGACUUCUCUCAAUCACUUGAAAACGACGACUCAGCGACCCGAACUUGCGCGACGAACUGCACUUCAAACCAAAGAAUCGAAACUAACAAGCAUUCCAGGGGACGUCACCUCAGCUACCAGCGUAGCCGUCACGUCACCCACUCCAAGACGAGUCUGAUCAAGAUCGAGGGAGUUGACGACACCAACGCCGCCAACUUCUACCUCGGCAAGAAGAUCGCCUACGUCUACAAGGCCCAGAAGGAGAUCCGCGGUUCCAAGAUCCGCGUCAUCUGGGGCAAGGUCACCCGCCCUCACGGCAACUCUGGCGUCGUCCGCGCCAAGUUCUCCAACCCCCUCCCCACCCGCUCUUUCGGCGCAUCCGUUCGCGUGAUGCUCUACCCCUCGUCGAUUUAA